AGGUUUAAAUGAUUGAUUUAGCCUAGUUGAAUUUUGAGGUUAAGUUUUGGAAGAUUAUAUUAGAUAAUUUUUCUUUUUAGAGACACGAUACUGGAAUUUAUUUGAUCAUUUUGGAAUUUCAAAUCAGGAAUUUAGUUAUUGCAGUUUACAAGAAGCUUACUGAAGCGCUGAAGUUUGAACUUGGUUUGGAUUUUAGCAUUUUGGUUUUAGGUUAUCUUGUUACCAGGAUUGUUAAAUAUAAAAAAAAUAAUGUUAGCUAUAGCUAUAGGUUAGAGGUUAUGUUAUUUUGUUAUGGUAAUUCUAAUUAUCAGGUUAAACAGUUAAAUUUGAACUUGAAGUUUGAAGACAAAACGAGUCAUGACAGCAAAGUGUACAAAGUUGAAGUACAGUUGGAGUGAGGAAGCAACCAAAAUACUUAUUUCUAAAUACGAAUCAUAUGAAUUUCUUUAUAAUCCCAAGAUGAAAGAUUAUAAAAACAAAAACAAGCGACAAAAAACACUUGAAGUUAUUGCUGACUUGAUGAACAAAUUAAAACCAGGUUCAGUAGUUUGUAAAGCAGAAGAUGUAAGGAAAAAGAUAAGUAACCUUCGAUCUCAAUUUUUUGCUGAAAAAUCCAAGAUAUUACACAGUGUCAAAAUUGGUGCUGAAAAUAUCUAUACACCUACUGCUUAUUGGUACCCAAUGAUGCUAAUUAUCGAAGAUUCAAUCACUGAAGACAAGUUUGAAAGCAAUAUCGAUAGAGAAGAAGACAAUGAAGAAGAACCAGCGAUUCAAUUGCAAAAUGAUCACGUAUACUCGUUACUUGAACAGAAUGAGGCUGACAGUACCGGUAAUGGUGGACAUAUUUCGCGCAGGAGAAAGAAACCAAAAAAUAGAGAACUACCACUGAAAAAAAGCAAAAGUGUCAAUGAUGAUAACGAGCUGCUGGAUACCUCAGAGAUAAGUCAAGAAAUGUCGCAGGAGCCCAUGUAUAGUAGGACUGAGGACUCUUUUGACACAUUUGGAAAGUUUAUUGCAGAUGAACUACGUGCUAUGAACAAUGAAUGCAAGAAUGUAUCCAUCCUUAAUAAAGCCAAAAGAAAAAUUCAACAAACCUUAAUGGAAACAUGGGAUCAUGUUAUGGAACCCCAAUCUUCAACUUUAUAUUUUCAAACUACAAUUGACGAUUCAGAUGAAGAAUUCAUAUAAAAAUCAAGAUAAAUCAACAAGUAUAAGAAAUUAUACAUUGAAAAUUAAUUUAAAUUGUACACUGUUGGGCAGGGAGGUAUGGAUGAUUUAAAAUAAUAGUUACACACUCACGAAACUCAAAAAAAUUUCUUACUUUGUACCUUGGAUGUUGCCAUUAUAAAAAUUAAAGAGGACAAAUUAAAAAA